AUGUCCAACAUAACAACAGAAGACGGCAUGGACAAAGCAAACACCAUGCACAGAGAAAACAAUACAGACGACCUUGAGCUCGAAGCUCAGGGCUACAAACGCGCCAUGCCGCGACGAUUUUCAUUGUUAUCACUCCUCUCGCUCUCUUUCGCUCUUACAGCUAGCUGGAAUGGCUUUGGAAGCGCUAUUGGUACAGGCCUUGCUGAAUUUUCUGCCUCUGGAGUACUUUGGACGCUCAUCAUUGCGGCUACUAUGAGUUGGAUCGUGUCACUGGGUAUGGCAGAGCUCUCUUCUGCUUAUCCCAAUUCGGGAGCCCAGUAUUACUGGUCAUUUCGCGUCGCAGCCCCUGAGUGGGCGCCCUUUGCUUCUUAUGUUUCUGCCUGUGUCAGUACAGCUGGCUGGUGGCUUGGGAACGCCAGCGUGGCCAACUUUAUCGCGGCAAUGAUCUUGGCUAUGGUGAAGAUAUCCAUUCCAGAAUACACCAUUCACCCAUGGCAUCAGUGGCUUCUUUAUACGGCAGUCCUCUGGCUGGCCGUGGCAAUCAAUGUAUUCGGUAGUCGAUUCGUGCCGCUAUUUUCUAAAUUCUUCCUCUACUUUUCACUGGCAUCACUUCUCGCAACUAUUAUCGCAAUCCUUGCCUGCGCUGCUCCCAACUUUCAGAAAGCCUCCUGGGUGUUCGGAGACACCACCAAUUCUACCGGUUGGGACAACAAAGGGCUCCUUUUUAUAUUAUGCCUAUUGAACAAUGCGUACGGCUUUAUGGGCACUGAUGCCGGCGCUCACCUGGCGGAGGAGAUACCGAACCCUAUGGUCAACGUUCCCAAGGUCAUCGUAAGUGGUUCUUAUUUUCCUCAAAUACCAUGGCCGUUUGCGCUUGCUUGUCUAUUUGUCACUGUCGAUGUGGAAAGAGUCAUCGCUCCGCCGAGCGGACUCCCUUUGAUCGAGAUUUACUAUCAAGCCACGGGAAGCAAGGCUGCGACAAUUGCGCUUCUGGCGGCCUUCGCACUGUGUAUGUUUGGCUGUGCAACUGCCAAUAUCGCCGGCUCCAGUCGUCAGAUUUGGGCGGCAUCGCGAGACAAUGCCUUUCCUGGAUCUCGUUGGUGGUCUCAGGUGUCCCCUCGCUUCCAGAUGCCUCUGAAUGCAGCCGUUCUCUCCGCUGUCUUCACCAUGGCGAAUUCGACGCUGACGAAAUCUUAG